AUGUCGGUCAAAAUUAAGAAAUCAGUCGCUAGGUUUCUAAACCAUCAAGUUGCUCAUAGAAUUAAACUCUUAGAAUCAGCCCUGCUCGAAAUCCAUGAUCUUGAUAACCGCAUGAAGAUGGAACUAUUGGCUUUGAACACCCUUGCGAAUCCAAACGAUGACGAAUUUUGUGAAGAGGAUUGUAUGACAUAUAUCUCUGCAGAAGACGAAUUAUUAAAAAGCCAUGAGAAUUUUGAGGAUUCCAACUGUGAUGUUAAAUAUGAGUUGGUGGAUUUAAACGAUGAUGUUACAGCUUAUGAAGCAUCAAUUAAUAAAGUCGACGAACAAAUUCAAUCAAUCGACGUCCACCAAUCACACUCUUGUUUUACUAAGGGUCGAAAUAUAUCUACACUGAAAACAUUCGAUUUUCUUACUGGUCUUAUUAAUGAUCGAUCGUUAGAGCUGACUUCUUGUUUACCUGUUGAUAUUGAUCAUUGUUCAGAGUAG